CCGAACAACCCGGGUCAUUCUAGCUUAACUCCAGCAGCCAGCCGAAAUGCUGUCGCAACUGACAAUAGAGUAGCUGCGAGAGAUCUGGCCCCAUGUCCUCGCAGAUGUGGAGGGUGGCUUAUUCUGCAUCUAAGGUACGGGCGCUAUUCCUGAAACUCAGUCUUGCAGGCUCAACCAACCUCCCUACAGUGUCACAGCCUUGGAGGCCUGAGACAAGGAAUGACAUUCAUCGCUUGGAGAGGAUUAUGAGACCGCCAAGAUGGAGAGGCAAGUUUCUCAGCCUCCACCAGUUCCGCAUCACACAAGAAUGCACGAGCCGACAGUUAAGACAUGGCCCAGUAAAUCCUUGGCAGCAUAACGUGGGGUGGGCACGUUGUUUCGCCACAGCCCAUCGAUAACCACUUAAAUGGAUGCAAGCUUGACGCUGUUGGACGCCAUCUAGAGCUGAGCUCCCGGAUCGAGCGGUACCCGGUGAGGUCGAUAUGUCAUGAUCAAUGAUAUUUCUCGUCCUUGCGCUAUGUGUUGGUGGCAUAGAGGGCGGGGAAAUAGGCGUC